AUGCCACCAAGACGCAGACGUGGCCCACAAGUGGAGAACGACAUGGAGGAACAAUCAGAGGGAAGUGUCGGGAAUCAACCCCCUCCUCCAGCACCACCCCCACCUCAACCUCAAGAGAGAGAAUACAUUAAGGCCUUCCGAAAAGAAAACCCUCCAAAGUUUGACGGACUGGGAGAGCCCCCGAAGGCAGAGGCUUGGAUACGCGACCUCGAGCGUAUAUUUGACUUCAUGGGAUGCACCGAUAGGGAACGUCUAGCUUGUGUGACGUAUCAACUGACUGGACCUGCCGAUUUUUGGUGGGAAACUAAACGACGAACUAUGAACCCUGCCCGCCACGAGGCGCUCACAUGGGAAGAAUUCAAGGAAGAGGUGUACGACAAGUACAUUCCCAUGAGCUGUAGACGGGCGAAGAUAGUGGAGUUCCACACCCUGAAACAGGGAAACAUGACGGUGAUGGAGUACGACCGUGCUCUUUGUGAAAUGACCCGAUAUGCGCCCGAGUUAGCGGACACCGAUGAGAAGAUGGCCGCAAAAUUCUGUUCUGGCCUUAGACACGAGAUAAGGGUAGCCGUGGCCAGCCGCAGAGGAAUCUCGUACUCCGAAAUUUUGAGUUGUGCUUUAGAUGUGAAAGAAGCACUACCAAAGGACGAGACGACGGCGAAUCCUACACCACCAACACCUCAACCGAACUAUCGAGACAAGAGGAAGUGA